AUGGCUUGCCAGUUGCAACGAGACUUAUUUGGUCAACAUUUGGCUCAUCAGCCUCGGCUGAGCUGCCAAAAGUGUAGCCCACUCGCGUCGCGGACUCCAAGAGCUGUGUACAGGGCGCCUACUGCCAAAGGCCAAUCGGUGCCCCUGUUUACACGGGAUUGGAAUCGUUUGACGAUGCCACUUCUCUCUACAGUGCCUCAAAAGUCUGGCACAGCCGACGUGCAAAAAUGCUUGCCUACCUUGUCUCGCGAGGCUUCGGCAAAGAAGACGAACGGUGACACAGGAAUGAUCUUAUCAACCGAGGAGAUCAAAGUUCCCGCAGGUCCCAAUCAAGGAGAAGUUACAAUUUCGGUGCCUCGCUUCGGUGGAUCAAAGCUUGGUGCUCCUCCUGGUCUUGAGACUAAUUUCAGCAAACCCCCUGGCAUUCACUUUGCCCCGCCUCCUGGGCUGAGCCGUCAGCCCAUGAAGGUCACUGAGCCAGAUAGUAGUUCGAUGUCAGGACUGCCAGCACCUCCGUUCCCGACUACUUCACCCGCUCUGGUCAGCCCCUCCUCUUCGGAUGUUGACUUGCAAGAUCUACCGGAGGAAAAAGAGGCGACCUGUCUUUCCGAUGGCGACAACAGCACGGUUGACGAUGAGCAACAGGUGCAGGCAGAAACUGACGCAAUUCAUCCGCUUCCAACGUUGCUGGGUUCCACACCGUUGCCAUCACUUUUGAGCUCUGCGCCACUGUAUGGCAAGUGGGGGUCCCUGGCAGAAUUUUUCAGACUACUGAGAGCUCAGGAGUGA